GGCACAUCGGGCUGGACUCCCGGGCAGAGGCACAUCGGGCUGGACCCCGGGCAGAGGCACAUCGGGCUGGACCCCGGGCAGAGGCACAUCGGGCUGGACUCCGGCAGAGGCACAUCGGGCUGGACUCCGGGCAGAGGCACAUCGGGCUGGACUCCGGGCAGAGGCACAUCGGGCUGGACUCCGGGCAGAGGCACAUCGGAUUACCAGGCGAAGCAGCAGGCAGCGGGCCACCGGGCGGAGCAGCAGGCAGGCACCGGGCCCCCAGGCGGAACAGCAGGCACCGGGCCCCCAGGAGGGGCGACAGGCAUCGGGCCCCCAAGCGGAGCAGCGGGCACCGGGCCCCCAGGCGGGGCGAAA